GUUAACCUAGACCGCGGUCGCGCACUCUGCAGAGUAGGCUGCUGGAGUAAUGGAGGACUAUCAGGAAGUGAUCACCUUGGUAGCAACCUGCGCUGCUAACGUUGCGCGAAUUCUUUAAGCCUGUUCAGAGGCGGGGGGGACUACACGGAGCACACCGGCCUGCAUGUUUAGCCGUCUGUCUGCACUGUGGUUGUUUUGCAUGGGAGACUUGCAGAUUUCAGCCACGAUGUGUUGUAGAAUAACGGGUGUCGGAUCGGCGCUGGAAAACCAGGAAGUGCAAAACUGUUGUCCGUCUUACGUCUUUGCCACGCUGUCUGACGGGAAGGACAUGUGGGUUUAGUUUUAUGAGUUGAAAUUCGCCACAUUUAGGCAUUCGUUGCCUUUUCAACUUUGAGGACCGAUGAUAUUUUCGUUUUUCGCCGCAUUCGACUUUUCAAAAGUAGAUUUGUUGCGACAGUGCUCUAUAAAUUUCCCUUUUUUUUUUUUCACCAUGAUGUUGCACGGCAAUUGGAAUUUGAUCGUUUGAUCAGCAUCCUGUUAUCCCUGACAAGUGGAAAGGCUCGUAAUUUUUGUCGAUGUACAUUUGAAUCUUUCUAUUGUUAUCGUGAUGUGUCGCCUGUAGUCGCAGCGUGGGGCGGCCUCUCUCGCGCGUUCCUCCCUUUUAAUCGGUGUUCAACGCGGCUUCAAGCCGCCGACCGCACCGACCAAACAUUUUGGUAUUUCCUCGACUGUGUGACAUCAUUGUAAGUAGCGGUAAGAAAAGUACGUCAAACCGUCUCGUGAAUCGAAAUUGUCACGUUUUAAGUCCUAUUUUGAUGGCGGAAGCGUUGUGUGAAAGGAGAGGGGUGCGUAUUUGAUUGACAAGCCUCUAACCAAAUGGCGUUCGCCAUUCUAGGACGCGUCAUCAUCUACGACUGUUUAACGUCAUGGUGGGCGGGUCCACAGCAAAGGCUUUAGCCAAUGGUUGGAGUGGUCCUUGUUGAGUGACAGCUGGAUUUGUACGCUCAUUUGAAGAGGAGUGGAGGGAAAGGUUUAGGAGUGUAAACACGGAAGUCAUUGGACGCAGCACUACUUUUUGUCAGCCUUGGCCGCUAUUCCUGGCGCCGUUUCCAUUCAUUUAUUUAUAAAUACUGUAGAAUACCAAUAUCUUUUUAGCUCACAGAUUUGAUACAAAUUGAGUAAUAUACUUGCUUAAUUUUAAUUUUGUGGCGUACAUAGCGUACAUUGCGCUGCGGAGAUCCGGUCUCUCAGCUUUGUGUUUUUAAUUUAAAGCACGUUUCCCGUGUGGUUGGGCAUCCUGUGGACACCUACCGUCAUGUCGUGUGUGUUUUGCAGCUGGGCGGAUGAGUGGGUUAAUCUAAAGAUAGCCCUAUGCGCCGGUACCUAUUGCCAAACAUGGAGAGCAGGCAGUGACAGGGGCUCGUGUUUCUCACCAUUGAUUGACAACAGCAUGUGCUCUUGGGUUCUUCAAUCUUCUCAGGAGCCCAAAUACGCACAGAGUAUUUUUAUUCCCCCCAAACAAUUGUGUAUAUUAAUGGCCUGUCCUAACUGUCAAGGGGGAAAAAACUACGACUGAUAUUUUACGUUUGUCUCUGACAGUUUUUUUUCUUCCUGGAUGGUUAAAGGCAGCACCUUAAAAUAUAUAUGUAUUUUUUUUAAAUUAUAAAUAAAUCAAUCAAUCAAUAAAAAUAUAUAAAUAAACAUUACUGAAGGAGCAAACACAUUAAUAGACAUUUAAAAUGUGGUUUACUAAAGCGCCAGAAUUAAAUUCUGAUCCAAAUCAUUGGUGUCGUUGGAACAAAGUGUGCUACCUGCACCUUGCACUUGACCACUUCUCACUCGUGGAUUUAUUUUGUUAUUACUAUUUUUUCCUGUACAUAUCUUCACUGCAGUUGAAGUGGAUGGUCUGGGUGGUCAAGUCAAACCAUAUUUGCACAGAAAAGGAGCAAACCUAUCUCUAGGGGAUGCAGUUUAAUAAUUUAGAACCUAUUUUAAAUAUUUUAGUCUGAAGCAAUAUUUUUCAGCACAGCAGCAAGCUCACUCGGUAUGUAAAUCCAUCCAUCUAUUUUCUGUACCGCUUAUCCUCACUAGGGUCGCGGGCAUGCUGGAGCCUAUCCCAGCUAAUUGUGGGCAGGAGGCGGGGUACGGCCUGAAUUGGUCACCAGCCAAUCGGUCGCUAGCCAAUCGCAGGGCACAUAUAAACAAACAACCAUUCACGCUCACAUUCACACCUACGGACAAUUUAGUCUUCAAUCAACCUACCAUGCAUGCUUUUGGGAUGUGGGAGGAAACCGGAGUAUCCAGAGAAAACCCACGCAGGCACGGGGGAGAAUGCAAACUCCACACGUGAGGCCGGAUUUGAACCUCGGUCCUCAGAACUUCGAGGCUUCUGUCCAUGGCAUCAAUGUGCACUGCUCUGACAAAACCAUCGAGGCUGCAGAGGCUCUGCUUCACAUGGACUCACCAUCCAGUGUCAGAGAAGCCUGCAGUCCAGAAGUUUUUAUCCCGCCAUAUGUAGCAACACCAGAGUUCCUCCAUGCCGCCAUGCGUCCGGACAUCGCAGAGACGGAGGUUGAGAUAUCAACGGAGGACUGCUGCGAUGAUGAUGAUGACGACGACGACGACGAUGAUGACGAAGAUCUAGGAACCCUGAUAGAGGAGCCAGAGGCGGAACGGGACCAUGCGCCUGUCAGGAGAAGGAGAGCUGGACGGAAACUAAAAACGCACCAGUCCUAUUCUAACGGCUCAGUUGAAAUCGGUCUCAGGAAGAAAUCAAGAGAAGGCAAAGCAGGAAGCACCAUCUACUUGUGGGAGUUCCUGUUGGACCUCCUGCAGGACAAGAACACCUGUCCGAGGUACAUUAAGUGGACACAGAGGGAGAAGGGCAUCUUCAAGCUGGUGGACUCCAAGGCCGUGUCGAAGCUGUGGGGCAAACACAAGAACAAGCCAGACAUGAACUAUGAGACCAUGGGACGGGCACUCAGAUAUUACUACCAGCGUGGCAUCCUUGCCAAAGUUGAGGGCCAGCGUCUGGUUUACCAGUUUAAAGAGAUGCCUAAAAACAUCGUGAUCAUUGACGACGACAAGGCCGACAUGUCUGUUGCUGAAGGCCCGGCGGACUCUGAGACGACGGCGUCCUGCGAGCGCAUCCUGCAGCCGCCGGACGUGAUGUUGAAGGUUCCCGAGCUGACCCCAAGAAAACCCAACAUCCUGCGGGGCGGCAACCGAGGCAACAUGGGUCAAUCUCCUGUUGCUGCGGGCAACAAGACCGUGGCGGCAGGCGCCUCGAGGACGGUGAUCGCGUCGGGAGACAGGAGCCGGAAUCAACAGGCGCCUGUCCUUUCUAACGCUUCCGGGCCCAGGACGGUGCGAGUCGCCAUGCAGGUGCCGGUCGUUAUGACAUCACUGGGCCAGAAGAUCUCUACACUUGCAAUGCAGCAGCCGGCAGGAAGAACGGGUGCAGCUGGCCAUACUACACUCCUGUCCAGUGCUUCUGCUAUUGGCGCUGCUGCCGGAGGCGCCAACUCUCAACAGAAGGUUGUGAUCCAGACCAUCCCCACUAUGGUCCCAGCAACAGCAGAGAAUGGCGAGAAGAUCACCGUCCAGCUGGCCAAGAUCAUCACUAUCCCGGCUCAUCAGUUAACGCAGUGUCAGCUGCAGACCCCCACAGGUGCAGGCAAGCCUGGCAUCAGCCUCCUGGGAAGCCCCCUGACCGUCCAAACCCUGACCCCGGUCAGUGUGGCGUCGGGAGCGCAGGUGAUGAGACUUUCUGUGCCCACGCCGGCGCAACAGCAGACUCUGGUGGUGUCGCAGUCGGGCGGCGGCACGGCGGGCGGCGUCACGGUAUCGUCGGCCAACCGGGCCGUGGCGGCGCAGCCCCGCAUCAUUAGCGGGCUUUUCAACGGUUCCGAGCUGGUUGUGGGAGGGGACGAGCUCAAAGCCGCCGGCGUCCCGGUCCAAGCGGUUCGGGUGCCCGUGACGGUCGCGAUCCCACAGAAUAAAGGGACUGCCAAAAUUGUCCAAGCGGACGCGCUCACCAAACUGCAGACCCCCGAGGUGGGAAAGACUGAAGAGCCUGAGUGUUGAGAUCUACCAAUCUUUUUUGCCCCCAAGUCAGUCACCUUGUACAUGAAACCAUUUUUAUUACUCUUGUGAUAACCAGCAGCAGUUAGACAGACUUUAAAUGGUUCCUCAAGGUUUGUUUUUUUGGAGGGGGGGUCGGAAACGUCAUCCUCCAAUACUGCUGCCAGAAGUGUUUCUAAGCCAAGCCUGUAAAGUGAAACUGUUUCACACGGAGGCCAACAUGCAAAUAGGAACACACACAAAAAAUAGGAACACACAAACUUGAAAGGGACCAACCCAGAUCACUACGGAUCUCGUCACCACUAAGCCUCAUUAGGAAAAAUGUAUUCAACUCGGAAACUGAAACACUACAACCCAUUUGACAAACAAAAAAAAGACUGUGGAGCUGCAAUAACACAUUUGUUAGAAGCCUGAUUGAUUUCAUAUUGUUAAACCAGCAAUUUGUACUUCAGUUACUGUGCACAUCAAAUGUGUGUCUGUGUGUGGUGCUACAUGGGUCCCGAAAGAGUAUAAAUAACAAUAUAAAUGUAAAUGGCUACUAUACCAUUUACAGAGCUAACGAUAACCGAGCAGCCUUUGAUUUAAAUUUGGACCUCCAUCAUGUACUAUAGGAACUGUAAGUUGAACUCAAGUUUUUUUUUGUGUUUUCAUAACUUUUACCAAGCACAGUAUUACAGAAACAAGAGGAUCUAACAUUUGAGUGUAGCUGUGAGUUUUGGGAUAAAAUGCACUGGUUUAUGUUUGUAAAUCUAAGGACUAAUCAGUUUCUUAUUUCAAAGAGACUGACUAAUUAGUAGUCAACCAAUUGCCAUCAAAUAUGUAAAGAGCAAUGUCUUUUUUUACUAGUCCUGAAAUUGGCUGUAGGACUAGAACUAAAUCAUGCAAACUAUAUACAGCUGACUUCAUGAAAUCGGCUGUGAGAUGUAAACGCUGGAGUGCUUUAUAUCAUCCAUCUCAAUUUUCACUCCGUGUGAUCAGAAUUGAGAGCCUGUCAGAUUUCACUGUACUUUGCAGAACGUUCAUUGAGGGUUUUAAAAUUUCUUAACUUUUUUUUUUUUUUUUUUUUUUUUUUUUUUUUAAACUGAUAGUUGACUUUGAGCCAGUGCCCACUGCCAUGUCGGAGAUAAAAUAUAAAUAGGAAUAUGUAUAUAACCGCAAUCUUUUUAAAUUGCUAACAUGUAUUAAGUAUACUGAAUGUGAUGUCAGUCUCCAAGUCCCAGGUCACUUAAAAAAAGGUCUUUUUUUGUUUUCUGUCACGCUGGCCCUACAACUACAUUUCAUUUUUUGAUAAAAAUCUAGAUCUAAAAAGAGGGAAAAUACCGAAGUUUGUGUUCAGACUGAACUGUUUGUAUAUUCAACAUUUGAAGUAUAUUCUAUUUUGUUGUACUCUUGUUUCAAAGUGUAUUAAAGUAGAUUUUACUGAAA